AUGGCGACCUUGAUGCACAAUUACGAUCAGGCCAUGCAGGAAUACGUGGAUCUGCAGACUGUUCGCGACCAUCUUUGCAGCCAUCUCCGCCAGCUGCGACCAGCCUCGCUGUCCACCGUCACCAGCGCCUCUUCCAACCUCUCCUCGCCUGAUACAUCUCCGAAUCGGGAGCGCCGCCACCACCGUGCCCACGCCCGUUGCAGCGGCUAUGACGAGAUGUCCGAGACCCUCGACACGAUACCCGACGAGGAGACGCUUGAGGAGAUUACGAUCGAGGAGCGCCGCCUGUUCGACAUCGACGAGAGCAUCAAGCGUGCUCUAACAGAGCUUCUCAACUGCGAAUCUGUCCGCAGCAACCAGUCUGCCCGCCUCUGGGUGCAGUCCCGCUUGAUGGAGACGGAAAAGGAGCUACGCUCCGGACGCCGGAGACGUAGCUCUACUACCGACUGA